AUGGCUGAAGAACUGGAAUGGGCGAUAGCCGAAGGGCAGCGUCUGAAGGCACUCCACACAUACGCACACCAUGACACCGCCAACCAGCAACCACUUAUCAUGAUCGCACUGAACAUGCCUGAGGGGCGAGAGAGAACCAGUGCGUCGCCUCCAGUUGAUUGGUCGAGAAGAGGGGGCGGCCCUUCAUUCAACCCAUUUUACUGUUCACAUCUCCAACUUCUACUUUGCAACUUUUUCUAA